AUGGAUGGACCAGCAAAUCCAUUCGGUCGCAACUCCCACCAUCGUCCAACUCCGAGUCAUGAUUCUUCGACAGACACUUCCCAUCCUUCGCCUCAGUCAUUGAUACGACCUCCACCACCUGGGAUGUUUGCUCCCAGUCUUCCUCCGCCACCUCCGCCCCAUCAGCAUCCCAUUCCGCGCUCUCCAGGCAACAUUGGCACUCCACAGUAUCUUCAUCAAUAUGGAGCCCUAUCGAUGUCGGGCAGCGCCGGUUCUGGGGCAUUGCAGGAUCAUAUUCCUCCUGGAGAAGCACCAUUUCCUGGCUCAGGAAUCUCACAGACCCACCUUGCAGCAAGUCUUUCCGCCCAGAAAAGAGCAUAUCGCCAGAGACGGAAGGACCCCAGCUGCGAUGCCUGUCGCGAACGCAAAGUCAAAUGCGACGCUACAGAGACGUCGAGCUGUUCAGAAUGCCAUCAACGUGGUGUCAAAUGCCAGUUUACGAAAGAGACGAAUCGCCGGAUGUCGUCAAUAAAACAGGUGCAAGACCUUCAUACCCAGCUUGAGGCAGCAAAGAGUGAAAUAAUUGAGCUAAAGCGUACCUCAAAUGGACGUGGUUCAGACAGUUCUGAAGCACUAGAGCUGCCGGAUGUGGCAGUGGUCAAACCUCGACGAGCGACACAGUCUUCACCACCACAGAAUCUUGCUCACGUCCAAAGGAAUGCGCGUAUAUGGGGACAUGGAAUCUACAAACCUCCUGCACCAAAUCGACAGGGCGUUGCAAACUUCGCUUUUUAUCAGCAUUCUCCUCCUCCGUUACCUCCUAGAUUGACAGUCGACCGUCUGAUCGGGCACUAUUAUGCUUCGAUUCACGCAAUUACGCCUGCAAUCGAUUUUCAAGAGCUUCUUAAGGAUCUUGACAAGGCCUACCAUAGCGCUUAUCAUCAUCGAAUGUCUCAUAUCUGGCUGGCACUCGUAUUCGCAGUUCUGGGAUGUGGAUGCUUGCACAGAGUAGACGGCAGUGCAAAGUCUGUUCAACAGGACUCUGAUGGUCAACGAUACAUUGAUGAGGCAGCUAAGGCUUUUUCUUCAUGGACUGACGACUUCACUCUGGACCAUGCCCGGAUAGCACUCCUUUUGAGCAUAUACAUGCAUGAGAUUGGCCUCAAGACGGCCGCCUCGACGUGGCUGGCGACAGCAGUGAGAGUGGCUGUGGAACUAGGAUUACAUCGGCAGGAUGAGUCGCUUGUGGCGGCUAGUGUUGAUGAAUCAUGGCGCGUGUGGUGGUCAAUCUACACAUGGGACAGACUACAAUGUCUUGAGAUUGGUCGACCUCUGCUAAUCAGCGACGAUGAAUGUAACGUAAUAUUUCCAAAGUCAUUCGACGAUCGUUUCGUGGUUCCGCCACAUGUCGACAUUUUCGUUACUCCGCGAGACAUAUCGUUUUGGAACUACACAAUGCUGACCUGGGUGGUUCGUUUCGUGGGACAAUUAAGAAAGACAUUGGUCAAAAGACACACCUCGAUCGACGCAAAAACGUUGCAUGAGUAUGACGAUUACUUCAACCAAAUCCUGUCGAAGAUGCCACCCCCUUUCCAAGCCCGCUCCGCCACCUAUCUAGAUCCGUCUUCGUUAUUCCCAGCCCUGAGUCUUCAAAGCGCGCGACUCAGCCUGUAUCGACUGAAUAUUUCCUCCAAGCAAUAUGGCGAACGACUCGACGCACUUAGCAGAUGCCAAAGCGUAGCAUUAGACACGGUCGACUACAUUAGACGCUCCCAGAGCGGGUCACCACACGGCUCUCCAGGCGCCAUACAAGCAUACAUGCGACAAUGGGCCAAACAACUAGCAGAUGCAGCCCCAAGCAUGCUAUGUACACACCUCUGGCGAUGCACCCUGCUCCUCUGCUUCAAUCUCGACUUCGAAAACGCGUUGAUCUGCCUCGAAGCAAGCACCGCCAUUGGCGACAUCCACCCAAUCAACAUCGCCUGUGGCCGCAACAUCUGGUUCUUUCUUGGCAUGCUCCCGGACCGACUAUCACCAGGCCAUCGGAUGGACCAGGACGAAGAAAUGCUUGCCUACGCCGCCGCAGACAUGCAAGCCAACCCAGACACCGCAUGGAUCUGGAUAGACCAAGAAUCAAACCCGCGCUUCACCGCGCCCCCUCCGCCUCCGCCGCAAGCAGACUCUGCAUCUAUCGACACCCACCACCACCAUCACCACCACAACCACCCACGCUCCACCGCCCUCCUCUCAGACACCGAAAUCAAAGAAUGGAAGGGCUGGGACAAGCUCAUGGCCAAGAUGCGCGACCUCCAAGCCCAGAAACGCGCGCUGGACGUUGCUACCGCCGCCGCCGCUGCUGUUCACGCCGUCCCGAGACUGCAUACGCGCCCGCUCGACGCCGCCGAAUCGCCCGUCAUCCCUCUCCAUCCCCCGUCCGCAACGUACUAUUCACCGGCACAUAACCCGCACAAACGUCUCCAUCUCGAACCCCCGGUGUCCACCACCGCCGCUGCAGUCGUCGUGCCGAAACAAUCCGCACCCACACCCGUAUCUGCAAGCACGCCCCUGACGCAGCAGUCACCCAUUUCCUCGACAACAAGCCCGAGCACAGCCUCCCGCAUCAGUAUUGCGAAUAUCAUCUAA